UCGGAGGCUCAUUCGUCGUUCGUCGCGCAACGCGUUAAAGUCUGCUGCUACUACUAAUACAAAACACAAACCGAGAAGUUCGUCAAGAUGACCGGUCGCGGUAAAGGAGGCAAAGGUCUUGGAAAGGGGGGCGCUAAACGUCACAGGAAGGUGUUGCGUGAUAACAUCCAGGGCAUCACGAAACCGGCUAUCCGUCGUUUGGCUCGCAGAGGUGGAGUGAAACGUAUCUCCGGUCUUAUAUACGAAGAGACCCGCGGCGUUCUCAAAGUGUUCCUCGAAAACGUGAUCCGCGACGCUGUCACAUACACCGAACACGCCAAGAGGAAGACCGUCACCGCUAUGGAUGUUGUGUACGCUCUGAAACGCCAAGGUCGCACCCUGUACGGUUUCGGCGGUUAAAGAAGUUUCAUCGACGAUUUUUUAUUUUUAUUUUUUGUCUCGAGAACGAUUCAAUUUCUUUUUUAAUUACACGGACAACCGAGCAAUGACUGACAACUGACAACAGCGGUGACAGCAAGCAAGCAAGCAAGCAAGCAACACACGACGUGGACCAUCUAGAAACAUGUUUCAAGAACUUUUUGCUGUCGUUGAUGUUGUAAAUCAAUCGCAAGUGACGUUGGUUCGUUUAAUUAUUAUUAAAUUUUUCGUUCUCGAAUACAAACAAACAAACAAAGGCCCUUUUCAGGGCCGCA